ACUAAUGGUCCAAUUUCUUUCUUUCUUUUUUUCGUCUCUAACAUUGCAGUUUGAAAAAAACUACCAAACCUUCUGUUUUCUGCAAAUGGGGUUUUUAUAUACUUCCAAAGAAAUAUUCCUCUAAAAGAAAAUUAUAAACCAAAACAAAAAAAAAGUAAAGCACAAGCAGCAGUUAAGUGGUACUGAGAUAAUAAGAAUAGUAUCUUUAGACAAAUUUAAAUCUCUCAGAUUUCAUCAAUUCCCUUCUCACUUCUCCUUAAUUCUUUCUGAUCAUAAUUUUGCAAACCCAGCUAGGGUUUAGAUAAAUGGAGGGUGGUGCGAGUAGUAAUGAUGUAGCAGAGAGCAGCAAGAAGAUAGGGAGAGGGAAGAUAGAGAUCAAGAGGAUAGAGAACACUACGAAUCGUCAAGUUACUUUCUGCAAACGACGCAAUGGUUUGCUCAAGAAAGCUUACGAGCUCUCUGUCUUGUGUGACGCUGAGGUCGCUCUUGUCAUCUUCUCCACUCGAGGCCGUCUCUACGAGUACGCCAACAACAGUGUGAGAGGAACAAUAGAAAGGUAUAAGAAAGCUUGCUCCGACGCCGUUAACCCUCCUUCAGUCACCGAAGCUAAUACUCAGUACUAUCAGCAAGAGGCGUCUAAACUUCGGAGACAGAUUCGGGACAUUCAGAAUCUGAACAGACACAUUCUUGGUGAAUCUCUUGGUUCCUUGAACUUUAAGGAACUCAAGAACCUUGAAAGUAGGCUUGAGAAAGGAAUCAGUCGUGUCCGCUCCAAGAAGCACGAGAUGUUAGUUGCAGAGAUUGAAUACAUGCAAAAAAGGGUAAAAGAAAUCGAGCUGCAAAACGAUAACAUGUAUCUCCGCUCCAAGAUAACUGAAAGGGCAGGACUACAACAGCAGGAAUCGGGUGCGAUACAUCAAGGGACGGUUUACGAGUCAGGUGUGACUUCUUCUCACCACUCGGAGCAGUAUAACCGGAAUUAUAUUCCGGUUAACCUUCUUGAACCGAACCAGAAUUCUUCCAACCACGACCAGCCACCUCUGCAACUUGUUUAAUUGAAGUCCAACAUAAGCUCUUUUCUCAUGUGAGAUUGAUCUUAUGCAUAUAUAUAUAUUCAUGUUACACUUACUGUUAAAAACUUAAAAUUGCAGAUGUAACGAUUUGAGAGGGACCUAAUUUUACAUAUAUUUUGACUA